AUGGCGGCAAAGAUAACAAGCGGAGGAUGCUCAUGGCGGCGGUUUUACAGGAAGAGAACACCACCUCGAUUUCUGCUCUUCUCUGUUCGAUCCUCUCAUUCCAUGGAUGACAUGGACACUGUCUACAAGCAAUUGGGAUUGUUUUCACUAAAGAAGAAGAUCAAAGAUGUUGUACUUAAAGCUGAGAUGUUAGCACCGAAUGCUCUUGAGCUUGAAGAAGAGCAAUGGAUAAAGCAAGAAGAAACGAUGCGUUACUUUGAUUUAUGGGAUGAUCCAUCGAAAUCCGAUGAGAUUCUUCUCAAAUUAGCUGAUCGUGCAAAAGCAGUUGAUUCCCUUAAAGACCUCAAAUACAAGGCUGAAGAAGCUAAGCUAAUCAUACAAUUGGGUGAGAUGGAUGCUAUAGAUUACAGUCUGUUUGAGCAAGCUUAUGAUUCAUCACUCGAUGUAAGCAGAUCUUUGCAUCACUAUGAAAUGUCUAAGCUUCUUAUGGAUCAAUAUGACGCUGAAGGCGCUUGUAUGAUUAUCAAAUCUGGAUCUCAAGACACAAAAUCUCAGAUAUGGACAGAGCAAGUUGUAAGUAUGUACAUCAAAUGGGCAGAAAAGCUAGGCCAAAAUGCAAGAGUGGCUGAGAAAUGCAGCUUAUUGAGUAACAACAAUGGCGUAUAUUCAGCAACAAUAGAGUUUGAAUUCGAGUUUGCUUACGGUUAUCUCUUAGGUGAGCGAGGCAUGCAUCGCCUUAUCACAAGUUCCACUUCUAGUGAGGUAUGUUCAGCGACUGUGGAUAUCAUACCGUUAUUCUUGAGAGCAUCUCCUGAUUUUGAAGUAAAGGAAGAGGAUUUGAUUGUAUCGUAUCCUGCAAAAGAGAAUCAUAAAUUAGCUGAGCAAAUGGUUCGUAUUCAACAUCUUCCGAGUGGAAUAACCGUAGAAUCUUCAGGAGAAAGAAACCGGUUUGCAAACAAGAUCAAAGCUCUAAACCGAUUAAAGGCGAAGUUGCUUCUGAUAGCAAAAGAGGAAAAGAUUUCGGAUGUUAAUACAGUAAACAGCAAGAACAUUGUGGAACCAUUGAAUGUAGAAGAAACUAGGAGAUAUGUCUCUAAAGGUCAGAAGAUGGUGGUUGAUAUGAAAACCGGUUUAGAGAUUCUGGACCUGAAAUCGGUUUUGGAUGGGAACAUUGGUCCACUCCUUGGAGCUCAUAUUGGCAUGAGAAGAUCAAUUGAUGCAAUUUAG